GGGCAGAGGUCUGGCUGCUGGGCUUGGACGUCGGGAGAGCAGAGCGAGCGGCGGAGCACCGAGGGCAGAGCUCGCGUCCGUCCUGCCCGUCGCGACCCGGCGCCACGCCGCUCCUCAGGACAAGGCCAUGGAGCACCAAGUCCAGCGGGUUCGCGAUGCCUUCCUGUCCGGCCGGUCGCGACCGCUGAGGUUCCGGCUGCAGCAGCUGGAGGCCCUGCGCAGGAUGUUGCAGGAGCGCGAGAAGGACAUCGUGGCGGCCAUCGGCGCCGACCUGCGCAAGAGUGAAUUCAAUGCAUACAUUCAGGAAUUCCUUACUCUUCUUGGGGAGAUUGACCUUGUGCUGGAGAAGCUUCCUGAAUGGGUUAAGGCUACACCAGCUAAGAAGAACAUGCUCAUCAUGCUGGAUGAGGCCUACAUUCAGCCAGAGCCACUGGGAGUUGUACUGAUUAUUGGAGCUUGGAACUACCCCCUUGUUCUCCUCAUUCAACCUCUGAUAGGAGCCAUUGCUGCAGGAAAUGCUGUGAUUAUGAAGCCUUCUGAAGUAAGUGAAAAUACAGCCAAGAUCUUGGCUAAGCUGCUCCCUCAGUAUUUAGACCAGGACCUGUAUGUUGUUGUUAAUGGUGGCGUCGAGGAGACCACAGAACUUCUCAAGCAGCAAUUUGACCACAUUUUAUAUACGGGAAACACUAUGGUUGGAAAAAUUAUCAUGGAAGCUGCUGCCAAACAUCUGACCCCUGUGACUCUUGAACUUGGGGGUAAGAGUCCGUGCUACGUUGACAGAGACUGUGACCUGGAUGUCGCCUGCAGACGCAUCGCCUGGGGGAAGUACAUGAAUUGCGGCCAAACCUGCGUUGCUCCUGACUACAUCCUCUGUGAGUCAUCCCUCCAGAAUCAAAUCGUGCAGAAGGUGAAGGAGACCGUGAAGGAAUUUUAUGGAGAAAAUAUAAAAGAAUCUCCUGAUUAUGAAAGGAUCAUCAAUCUUCGUCACUUUAAGAGGAUACUAAGUUUGCUUGAAGGACAAAAGAUAGCUUUUGGUGGAGAGACCGAUGAAGCCACACGCUAUGUAGCCCCAACGGUACUUAUUGAUGUUGAUCCUGAAAGCAAGGUGAUGCAAGAAGAAAUUUUUGGACCAAUUCUUCCAAUAGUGUCUGUAAAGAAUGCAGAGGAGGCCAUAAGAUUCAUAAAUGAACGUGAAAAGCCCCUGGCUUUCUAUGUAUUUUCUCAUAACGAUAAGCUCGUCAAACGGAUGAUUGAGGGCACAUCCAGCGGCGCUGUCACAGUCAACGACGUCAUAGUGCACUUCAUGCUCAACUCGUUACCCUUUGGAGGAGUGGGUUCAAGUGGGAUGGGAGCUUAUCAUGGAAAACACAGUUUUGAUACUUUUUCUCAUCAACGUUCCUGUUUAUUAAGAAAUUUUAAGAGAGAAUUUGUUAACAAACUCAGAUACCCUCCCAACAGCCAGUCAAAGGUGGACUGGGCCAAAUUUGUCUUAUUAAAACAGUUCAGCAAAGGAAAACUCGGUCUCCUGUUACUCACUUUCCUGGGCGCUGUGGUGGCUGUGCUGGUCAAGAAAUACCAAGCUGUGCUGAGGAGAAAGGCCCUGUUGAUUUUUCUGGCAGUUCACAGACUGUGUUGUCCAAUGAACAGCAGGUUUCAAGCCCCAGCUUUGUUAAGAGUGAGGCUGGAUACUUCUGAAGAAUGAUCCUGUUCAACCUCCUAGUUGCCUCUACUGAAUUAUUCCUCUGUUAAUAGUUAAUGAACCAGUAAUUUUAAAACCUACCAGAAAUAGCAAGAAAAUAUGCAAAUACACUGUAAUCAAACCUAAAAUUCAUUGCCACUCACAAUUAAAACUUGCCAUUUAAGCCAAAUCUCACCGUUCUCCAGUAGUGAGGAUACUCAGAGAACCUAUUUUAGAUUGUGUUACCCAGAUCUUAGAGCUCUGGGCUAGGGGAGCGGAAUGCAUUAGUCUAAACCUGAGCUCCUUGGGGAGGUCCAGGAAUCUCGGAACCCGCUUAGUGACUUCUUCCCUCCAGCACCCACCUCCACGGCUGCCCCCAGCACUCUGCGAAGCUUUAAGAGCACUGCUCAGGGUUACAGCAGUCCAGAGAGGUGAGGCUGGAUCUUCCCAGCUCCCCUUGAGGUUUGAGGCACUAGAACUGUGGGGGAGGCGUGGGGGGCGGUCCCUGACCCUCAUCCGCUGGGACUUGAGAAUCUGAUCUCCAGGAGUUGGCCCUCCUGUCAGACUUGACACCUCAGCAGUGCUCUUCUCCUUUCUCAGCCAUUCUCCAUCCUGUCUGUGUUUGGUUUGUGGCAGUCUCUUGUCCCUAUCCACAAAUGCUUUUUGUGGUUACUCUCACUCAAAGCAUCUUAUAAAUCCUAGGGCUUCCUGAAAGAUAGUUGCCAGUUUCAUGCAAGUAUCAUCUGUCAUUCUUCCGGUGUAGGAGUUGUAGAAUUCUGCAUCUUAUGAAAUCUAACUGGCAUUUUGUAAAUGCUGUAAUGAAAGUACUUAUACAAUACUUAUCCUCUCCCAGGACCCUAAAGUUGCAAGUUAGUCGAUCUCCAAAGACAAAUCUUUAAUGUUCUUAUUUCUGUAGUACAAUGCAAGUAAAUUUCACUUUUUUAAACUUCAGAGAGAUCCCUUUCUGAAUAAAUUCAGCCCACAGAACUUAACACGGGGACAUCAUUUCCUGUCACAGACAAGAGGCCUUGGAUAUUCAGGACUUGGGAGCCUGAGAGCUCAGGGGGCCAAUGGUGGGACAUCUGGAGAAGGACUCUAAGCCACAGCAGGUGACCCCUCAGAAGGGGACCGAGGACGUAAGAAGAGGAUCUCCUGAGCGUGCCCAGGACCCUGCGUACUUCGCCAAGUGGGAAGUCCUAAGACGUGGAGUGCAGCCUCCCUGCCGGACGGGGCGCACCCCCACCUUCCGCGCCCCUGGCUUGAAAACACUCGCCCACUCGGGGGGAAUGGGAUUCACUUUAUAGGACAUUUAAUCAACUUUGUUGAAUGAAUUUGUUCCAUUAAUGCUGUCUGAAGUAUGUUAUGUCUAUGUGAUUGCACAGGAUGUGGUGUCAGGAAUUAAUCACUAGGCUAAUUUAGGAAAAGGCUGCUUAAAUUGUGGCUCUCACUCUCAGAAUAAUCAUAAAAUAUCUUAGACAAAAUGUCAAUGUGGGAUUUUCAUUUAGUAUAAUAAGUUGUACAUUAUAAUUGCUAAUUAAACUAAACUACUGGCUUGUCUACUAGUAUAUACUGCUUCAAAAUAAAUACAUUAUAUUUGAUAAAA